AUGGAACAAGAGUGGGAGAGCAAGCUAGAGGAACUUUCUGCAGAAAUGGAGAAAAGGAUAGAGAUUGAGAUGAAAUGGGAGUCGCAAGUCGAAGCCGCAGCCAAGAUACAGGCCCAAGAAUAUGAGGUAAAUAAGCUAAAGCAAGUUACAAGGCUGUUGUCCAGAGGAGACAAGACAUCUGAAGCAGUGCCGACGGUGAUGAUCGAGGGUCGUGGCGAGCGUCACAUACAGAAGGGCAGCAUACUAGCAGUGACGUGCGUGGUGCGUCAUGCACCACACUCAGCACCAGACCACAUUCUCUGGUUCCAUGGAUCAACUAACAUUGACUACGACUCCUCCAGGGGCGGAGUCUCUAUCCAGACAGAGAAGUCAUCGAGGAAGACAGUGAGCAAGUUGAUGCUGUCAGCGGUGGAGCUGACAGACACUGGAGAAUACACUUGCAGUCCUACUGACCUUCAACCUGCCGUCGUCACAGUGCACGUGCAGGAUGGUCAGAUCCAACAGCCUGUGAAGCAGGGUCCCGGGCGGAGUUCAGCUUCCCUCAACACCUCUCUUAGCAGCGAUCUCACUGCAGUGUCCGUGAGGAUUCUGGCCUCCAUCCUGUGCAGUAUUUUCACCUGAGUACCAACGCGAGACAGCAGCUGCAGGACAGCACGGGACAGCAAUUACAGGACAUUUUAACUUUAUCUGCAGGACAGGAGCUGCAUGUGGUGGAGCUGUGUACAGGGUGAGUUAGGGUGACCACAUUACACCGUGGAAUAUUACACAGAUGGUGAAGAGCAAUGUGGACUCUGAAAAACAUUGAGUUUUAAAGUGAGACGGAACAGUUACAUUGCAAAGUGACUGAAGAAGUUUGAAAUAAAAAAAAAUGGAGAAGGGAGUCACAGUUUUUGAGUGCCAUGGAGGCCCUCAUGACAUUGGUAAAGACUAAUUGGCACCCAAGUUCCACCGUCUCCUAAUAACAUGCUCAUUUUUCCACUAUAAUCUACCUUGUUCAUAAUUACUGUCACAUUUGCUUUGUCUGCUUCGUAAGGUGAAGUCCAGGAUCUUUCCUUAAUUCAUGAUACAACUAAAAGCUCCUAGAUUUAACCUUAUGAAACAGACAAAGCGAAUGCGAUAGUAAUUAUGGACAAGGUAGAUUAUAGUGGAAAAUUUAACAUGUCAUUAUAAGACAGGUAACAUACGUGCCUCUUACCAAACUCACUCUUACAGACUACAUUAACUCAAGAGUCCUUUUGUUAAUUAAAAUAAACUUAAAGGAAA